GAAUGGAAGCUAAUUAUGACCAACACAACAAACAGGUCAAACAUCCCAAAAGCGUUUCAAUUGCAAUCAACCUGCGGAAACCCAAAUUCACAAUUUUCGUCCAACAUAUUUCGAUUCUUGUAACGCAUACUUGAAUAUUACAAUUCCAUCUUCCCCCUUCACCACGCCUAAUUCAAAACCCUAGAACAACCCAUUUCCCCCUUUCUCUUUGUUCGGUAUCUUGAAUGAAUAUGUCUACUUGUUCAAGUAGCGGCAGCAGUUUCGCAUUGGACGAUGAAGAGUUAUUACAGUUUGAGACUAGAUGUAAAGAGUUGAGAGUAGAAAAGGACAUGCUGAAACAAUCAAGCGCUCAACUCAUCCGAAGUCUAGAGUCUCAUGCGAGAACAUUAUCUGAAACUCGAUCGAACGAAAAGAAGCGUAUCCAAGAUUUGGAAAGAGAACUGAGUAACUGCUCCCAGGAACUAGAUUACUUGCAGGAUCAGUUGACCACACGGAACACCGAGAUAAACCGUAUGAAUGAUUAUAUCCACAGUCUAGAGUUGAAACUCAAAGCAAAAGAAGAUUUGGAUGGAAUUGUUAGAAAUAUAGAGCGAGAAUUGAAGGCUUGCAAGUCAGAGAAUUUAGCUCUAAUGGAGAAAUUAGAACACAGAGAGCACGAGUUGCAUAAUUCAACAUUAUGUAUAAAUAAGUUAGAGGAAUCUAUUACAAAUAUUGCUUUAGAUUUCCAAUGCGACAUAGAAAGCAUGAAGCUUGAUUUGAUGGCCAUGGAGCGUAGCUUUUGUGAAGCUAAACAAGUACAGAAAGAAGUUGCUCAAGAACAUCGUAAGAUGCAGGAACUUACUAAAAACUACAAGAUUCAAAUACGAAAUGUUACACGAUUAGCUGAGGAAAAUAAAGAAUUGAGAGAGAAAGUUAAAGUGUUUGAAAGCAAUGCAGAUUCAGAAAACAAGAUGAAGAAAUUAAAUGAAUAUGAAGCUCAAAUACAUGAAUAUGAACUUCUUGUGAACCAGCUCAAGGAACAAUUAAAAGAAGAAAAGUUUAAGGCGAAUGAAGAAGCUGAAGAUUUAGCUCAGGAAAUGGCUGAGUUAAGAUAUCAUUUAACUGGAUUGCUUGAAGAAGAAUACAAAAAACGUGCGUGUAUAGAACAAAGAGCUUUACAAAGAAUAACCGAGUUAGAGUCACAGAUUGAAAAAGAAAGAAGGAAAACGUUUGCUGAUCUCCGAGGUCUUCCAAAUGCUUAGCAGCUGAUUUCCAAUAAUGAAUGAUCAUAUUGAGUAUCCUUUAGAGGUGCUCAAUUUUGAAUCAGACAUGUCAAAAAGGUGGAUCUUUGAUGCACCAGAACCAGUGAACCACCAUGCAGAAGUGAAAUAGUAAAGUUGCAGAGUGCAUUAGAUCAGUAUAUAUCAAUUCUUGUGAUAAAAUCCAGAGUGAUAUAUUAAUAUAGUUGUUUUUUUUUCUGGGUGAAGAAUAAGAAUAGGGUUGAUCAGAUCAAAGGAAAUGUACAGAUUUGGUUAUUGGAUCUAUGUGGCUUUUGUUUUUUGAUAAAACUUUACAAAGUAAAUUAUUUUCUUGGUCA